AAAAAUUUGCUCAUUUGACAUGUCAGCUUGAUAAAAAGAUUAUUGUGUAAAUCUGAUAUCAAAACGCCGUGUUUGAUAAUUAUCAUAUCUGACCAUCAUGGAGAAUAAUCAAAAAUCAUGUGGAACUGUCUGGAAUCAUCGAUGUCCGUGACGCGCGAAGAAGACGGCGAAAAGAGUGGGGGAAAGUUUAGAUGGCCAGGGGGACCAGAGCGACCCCUAGUGCAGCGAGCGGCGGUCAGAGUGCAUCGUACUAUGCGUUGCAUUACUGUCGAAAAUGGCGUCGAGUUCGGAGCUGCUGGAAUAUUCGUCCCCGGCGAAGCGUCGUAAGGUGGACGGCAGUGAUCACGAAAGCAUCGGUGAGGCCUUGGUGGAUCCGUUGCCCGGCGAGAUGGCCCACGACAGCCCGCAUGACGAUCUCGAAGAAGCGCUAGGCACAGAUAGCGGAUUUAACGAACUGAGCGAUGAAUCCAAAUCAGCAUCCAUAUCUCCUUCAACCACAAACCUAACAUCACCACCAUGUAGAGUCGACUCCACAAGCAACGAUAUUGGUUGUCCAAUCGACACUGAUGAGAAGGAUGAGGUGUCCUCUACCGUCUCAAACCUGUCAGAGUUAUCAGGCUUAUCUGAUCUCUCCGGAGAAGCAGAAGUCAGUCUUCAAUGGCGAAACUCUUCGUGGAUUCAGAAACAGAUGUCGACAGGUGUCAAUCCCAGAGAUCUUCUGAAUCACAUUUUCUUGGAUUCCACGCAGAUUCCUGAGCAGGUUGACGAUCUCACAUUAUGGAAGAUUAUAAUCAACAUGAUGUCAGAACCUCCGAGGCGGCAGAAGCUCAGACACAUAAAUACCUUGUCGGAUGUGGUGCGAUUAAUUCGCAAUAGCAAGAAAAUCAUAGUACUGACCGGUGCGGGUGUCAGCGUCAGCUGUGGCAUUCCCGAUUUCAGAAGUAGGGAUGGUAUUUAUUCCAGACUGGCGCAAGAUUUCCCGGACUUGCCGGAUCCACAGGCUAUGUUCGACAUCAAUUACUUUAGUCAAGAUCCUAGGCCAUUCUAUAAGUUUGCGCGUGAGAUAUAUCCGGGACAAUUCAAGCCCAGUCCCUGUCAUAGGUUCAUUAAAAUGUUAGACAAGCAGAAGAAGCUUUUGAGAAAUUACUCACAAAAUAUUGAUACUUUGGAGCAGGUUGCAGGCAUCGAAAAUGUGAUUGAAUGCCAUGGCUCCUUCGCCACUGCGUCGUGCACGAGGUGUAAGUAUCAAGUGAGAGCGGAUGACAUCAGGGAGGACAUCUUUGCACAGAGGAUACCCACCUGCCCGAAAUGCCGCGUCAACACAUUACCUUCUCUGUCCGAAAUUAAUUGCAGUGAGAAUUACAGAGACCUGGUGUCGCAAGGUAUAAUGAAGCCAGACAUUGUCUUCUUCGGCGAAGGACUUCCGGACGCUUUUCACGACGCGAUGGCCAAAGACAAGGACGAUUGCGACCUUCUUAUUGUUAUCGGAUCGUCUCUGAAGGUCCGACCGGUAGCUCUAAUUCCUUCAUCCAUUCCAUCGCAUGUACCGCAGAUCCUCAUUAAUCGCGAGCCAUUGCCGCACCUGAAAUUCGACGUUGAGCUGUUGGGCGAUGGUGACAUCGUUAUAAAUCAGAUAUGCCAUUUGAUGGGCGAAACUUACAAGGAAGUCUGUUGGUACGAUAAAGUCUUGAAGGAGGUGCCGCAGCUUUUGCGAUAUGUGUGCGACGACAUGUGGGAACAGAGCCAAGACACAAUAACCAACACCGAAAUGUCGCGCGACAGCGUAGAAGUCGAUUUAAAGCCGCACGUGUCCUCGACGGAAAGUCAGGACAGUCUGCUGAUCACUGCGAACACGAUGCCGCAGCACACGGACGAGAUCAAUGUCUGUGUAUCACCAUUUCACGCUGGCAACGUGGAGAAUACAGAGGAGAGCUUCGAUCUUCUAGGAGAAAGUCCAAAGAGGCGGUUGAGUGAUACUAGCAUAGAGAACAGUCCCAAAAGGAUGAACUUUGGCAACUCGCGCGACGCGGAAGUCGUGAGUUCCACAUCACUGAUGAAAAUGGAUAUUGAAUGUGCAAUAAUCUCGUCGGAGAACAAGCUUCACGUCGCGGAAUCAACAUCUGAAAACAAUUCGGAAGAGUGUCAGGUGGUGCCGACGUCGUUGUCCCUUUCCUCGGAGGCUGUUAUGAGCGAAAACACGCUGGAAUCGCACAAAUUGCUGGACAACUGCGAUAAGUUGAAUAGCAAGUAUGGCGAUGCCGCAAUGAUGGACGCUAUCGAGUCGGACAAAGCGCUACCGAAGCCGCGACAGGCGUCGGUGGACUCCGUGUUGGACUCCGGCAUAGGUGACAGUUGUAACAGCACCGACAACGCAGAGGAAAAGUACGACAUCGGUGAACUGAAAAAUAGAAGAAGGUUAGAGAGACGACACCGCUGGCAUCCAAAGAUUCGAGAAAGCCUCGCCACCAGGCUACCAGAAAACUCGUAUUACCAAUUGGCACCGGGAAGAUAUGUUUUCCCUGGCGCGGAGGUCUAUUUGGAACCUGAGGAUUACGAUCAGUGUUCCCUGUCGGCGAACUCGGAGAGCACGGACAGCGACAGCGACUCCUCUUCAGUCCUCUCCCUUCAGUCCUCCGACGAGGAGGAGACCUGCGCGGACGAUGAUCUGUCAGAAAGCGCGGACGCCGACGCGGACACCGACGGACAGAACAAUGAUGCAAAGUGGGCACAGCAUUGAAUGCACGCUGCGCUCGAGUGUGGCGGUUAGUUUCAAUGAUUCUGUCACUCUAUCGGCUUUCAUCAGAUUUCGCCGAAAUCAUUUGUAUAGAGUAAACAGUGUAAUUUCCAUCGGCACGAGAUAAAUGCCAGGUGGGAUAUACUUUAAAUGUUGCAUGUAAAUAGAGUGCGUUGAAUCGCGUUGGCGAAUUAACUCUCCACUUUACGCUAAAACGGUGAGAGUCAUUGCGAAUAAUGAAGUUAUUAUUCGUGUAUUAUGCAUACCAGUGAGCGUUGUUGCAACUGCACAGCUGCACAGAUGGCGAUAGUUGAGCUGUUCCCGGUUUUUUUUUUUUUUUUUUUUCGUAGCCAUCAGAGAUUAGAGCCGUGAAUUUAAAUUCAAUCCAAAUCCUUCGUUCCUUCGAAAGGAACCUGAAAGAUAUAUACAUUGAUAUCAAUUACACAUAUAUAGCAAUUUGAUAGCAUUAUAACUCUUUUCGAACCCAUACGAGCAUGCACGAAAGUUAUUAAUCUUGCAAAUCAGAAGAGAUUAGACUCAAAAUUUCAUGCAAUAUAAAAAAAAAAAUAAGAAAUAUUUCUUUGGAUUAAGGAAUGAUAAGUAUUCGAGUAGUCGAUUGUAGCACGUUAUGCAUUUGUACAGAUACUCGAGAUCGGUCUUUCGAAGAUCGCAGAUCGGGAUCUCAGUAAUAAUGAAUAAGAUAAUCAUUAUGAUAGUUAUACAAAGGUUCUCAAUAUGUAGGAAUAUGCCAAUGCACACACACAUUCACACUUACACACACAUACACAACACUAAUAUAUCUAGCCUAAAGUCGAGAUAUUUUUCGUGAAAUAUUUCAUUUCCAAAUGAUGAAGAAUCGAAAAGACACUGUCUUUUUUUGUUCUUUUUUUUUUACUGUUUAUUACCGCAACUAAAUGUAAAAUUUCGGUGCUCACAUGAUAAUGUACAUAAGAUUCAUUAAUCUUUCUACAAGAUAUAUAUAUAUAUCAGUCUCCCCUGGACUCGCAGUUUAACGGCACAACUGACGGUUGUCUACGAUCCUUAUCUAUACGAAGAUUAUGCGGAAACGGUCAAGAUUGCUUUUAGCUUAACGCACUAUAUCUAUAAUUAUUUCUCUCCUCUGAAUAAUCUAUUUAGCCUACUUCAUACGCGCGUAAUGUACAUACCGAUGUUUUAGCACAGUCUCCUCGCCGCAGAAGGCAAAGGGCGACACAGCAUUAAAGGAAAUUACAGUUUGUCCUAAUUAAGCGAUACGUGUAAAUAUGAGAUUAGUCGUAUAAAUGUAUUGACACAGUUGAUGAAAAAAAAAUCGCGGUUUGUUGCGUCUAAUGUGAAAUGAUGUUCCAAACGGUGCGGAUCUGUCGGUUUUUUUUUUAGCUGCCUUCACUGAGGCUUUACAUUCUCUCCCGAUUUAAAAUUGAAGAGAUAUAUGCUCACUUUGGAGAAAAGCAAGAAUACGGGGAGAUGUAGAGAGCGCAGCUAAAAUCAGCUGAUCCGAUCGAUGCAUUCUGUGAAAAUGAUCUACGGUAUUAUUUUAUUAUCAGGAUGAAUGUGUAAAUCACCUUUUACGCAUGUGAACGCACUCGCAUAACGCAGAAAAUAUCUUUGUUAGAGCUGCAAAUCUAUAUCUGUAUAUCUGUUUUGGGUCGAGCGGUUUCCUUGCAAGUUUUAAUUCGAGUAUCAAUGAUGAAUGAUGGAAACAAAUACUUUGACGACAAAACGGCAUGUCCGGGCUGAUGCUUCUAGAUCAGCAGGAUUGAAUCUUAAAAAGGCAUUAAGAUUCAAUUUUAAUCUAAAAUUUUGUCUUGAUUGAAGAUCAAAUCGUAAAUACAGCCUUGGCCAAAAUUAUUGGGCGCCCAUAAUCAUUACACUGUACUGAAUCUAAUACCAGGAAAGACUUCUAUUAUUUAAAAGUUGUUUAUUAGAGUGUUAAUUGUGAAGUUGUUAGAGCUAAGCAAUAUUAUUAUUUCUUUCGAAAAAUAAAUGUUACUUGGAAAAAAAGUAUUUUAAUAGGGCGCCUAAUAAUUUUGGCCAAUGCUUACUAUGUAAAUUAAAAUUUGAUUCAAUUAAUUCUAAUAGUUAGUUGAAUUUUAAUUGAUAAUUUAAUUGUACUAAUACUAUUCUUAUUUCUGCUAUUACUCGCAGUUUCCAUCGUUACGAAUAGAAUCGCUGGUAGAGUUAGCUCGAAACUUUCUUUCGUAACAAACUUGAAUAAUGAUAGUAGAUAAUUACACGAAUCAUGUAUCUUUUUGUAAGCGAAAUUAAGUUCUUUUUUCAUACUCGAUCUUUUUUUUGUUACAUAAUAGGAUUAUCAUUUAGGCGUAAACUAAAUUUUUAAUAAGCAAGAAAUGAUUCUGUUUUAUGAAAUUUUUAUCGACCCACGUCGGCGAUCACACUCGUGUUUUAUCCUACAUUUAAGUUGUAUACUAAUAGCUUUUCGCGUCCCGUAUAGUACGGAUGACCGUCAUAGUUUCGGCAAUGUGUGAACACACUCUCUUUAGAUUCGUUAAGUUCAACUUUGUUUCAUUGGAGCACGGGCGAAUGUACAAAGCAAUGUUGGAUAGCUUCGCAUUGCGUGUUAUUUUUAUAUGAGCCAGAGGAAAGAUAGAGUAGCGAAUUUACAAGAUUAAAACAAAAUGACGCAAUAAUCUUUGACAAACCGUCGCUUAAGCGCCGUGGCCGUGCUGCCGUGCAUGCGUGUAUAACUAAUUGUAAGCUAUAAAAUAGAGGGAAAGACACGUAGCGUGUGCGAGGAAAGUGCGGCGGGGACAAGCUCAUUAAAGACAUUUUAUAUGCAUUAUAGCAAGGGAGGGAAACGGUUCUGUCAAAGUCAUUAUUGCUACGUAUAUCUGUAAGAAAAUGAAAAAAAUGGUUGUGUGCAGAUUAUUAUAUACGAUUACAAUGGACGUGAACUUACUUUGAUUCAAUGCUGACGCAUUGUGUAAGUAACGUUUGAAAUAACUGCAAAUAUGACAUAUAUGUGAAAGUAUGUGUGUGCGUGAGAGAAAGAGAGAGAGAGAGAGAGAGAGAGAGAGAGAGAAAGUUAAUAAGUCGCAGGAUAAGUAAACGUAUGUAAUACAUUUCUAAUCACGUGGCAUAAGAUUUUAUUUUUCAUUAAUUGCGCUAUAUGAGAGAAAGAGAGACAGUUCUGUAUGGAAUAAUCGUUUCGCGGUGGGGACACUUGUGUCACCGUGACGUUUCACAGAGGAUUCGAACUUGUCAUCCCGAAAUAGCAUUUUUUGUUCCUU